AUGUGGUCGAGCUUUCUGGAUCAAAUCCAACAGCGGAUUGGAGAUGCUGUGGAUCUUCUCGGCGAUGAGGAGGAGGAGGAGGGUGUCCAGCGGGAGGAUGAAAAAUGUGCUAUCGUAGCCAUCUCUGAUCCUGACUUCAAGGAUUCUGUGCUGCCUCAGCAGCGGAUGAGAGAGCAGCCUGUUUCCUCAUUCAAAAAUUCAGACACUGAAGCUUGUGCGGGAGCAUGGGAAGAUGACAGGCUGGUAGUCCCAUCCGCACCCCCAGAACCCUGCUUGCAUGGAUCCCCACCGGCGGCAACUGUGCCGCCAGCACCUCCGACGCUGUCUUCGUCACUGUCCACACCUGGCUUACCAGUGGUCACCCUGCCACCUAAGCCCGCGAUGCUGUCUGACCCGACAGACGUAAUACCCUCUGCCACCGCAUCACUCCCGUUGGCGCCAACUUCAAGAGAAACAGGGCAGCAACACCCCCAUGCUGUUCCUAGCGACACCACUCCCUCGAUGACAGGGUCGCCGCUGAAACUACAAGAGGUCGAGGUCACAAUACGGCCUGAAGAGUUCGCAGCACCACCUCCGAUAAGCACGCUGUCGACCAAGUCACCAUCACUAGAGGGCGCUGAGGCUCAGCAUUCCGUCUUGCCUAAUGCAGAGGAUACUACUGCUGUGGCUUCUGACACGGCUUCAGUGUCUUUGACUGGCAAUCGCGUUCCAUCCACGUCGUUUAUUCCGCCUCUCCGGUUGCCUGCUACAACCGAACCUUCGUCCCCACCUUCGGUGGUGACGGAGUCGUUUAACGACGUAGGGCAGCUGCUUCGAUUUCAACAACAACUGGCAGAGGAAAUGAAUAAUGUAGUUAGGUUGCAGAGCCAGAACGCAUCCUUGAAGGACCACGUCUCUGCACUUGAAGAGAAGCUGGCAAACGCCACAGCCUCCCUUACACACAAUGCAGAUAGUGAGCAACAGGUAUCACUGCUGAUCGAGAGGCUCGGAAAGGAGAAGGAGCGAUACAAGUCGGUAGUAGAGAAGCGAGACCAGCUGAAAGAACACGUUCAGGAUCUUGAAGAAGAGCUAGAAGAGUAUCGUGCUCGGGAAGAGGCCUGGGUAAGUGGACAGGAGCGGCAGCAAGAAAACGAGAUCACUGCGCAACAACGCAUUGCCCAGCUCGAGAGUGACACACGCUCUUGCAACACUAUCGUUGACAACCUCAGGACCCAACUUAGGGAAGCGAAACACCUAAAUGGUGUCCUGCAAAGCCAGAUGGAGGAACUGAAGCUGAGCUACUCCGCCCAGCUAUAUACCGCAAAGGAGUCGAGCUCCGACACCGUCGAUCAGCUUCGCCAAGAGGUGGAGCAGCUUCGCAGCUCUUUGCAGAAUCUGUCGACAGAGUACGACACACGAACGGCAGAUCUAGAGCGUGAGGUGCAGAAUGCAAACAUGCGCGCUUGUCAAGCAGAGGCCCGCCUGAGUGAGAUGGCGUUGGGGUCUGUCAACACAUUGCAGGAUCUCCGCCGUGAACUCGAGGAUUCCCAGCGCAGCAGUGCCACCUGGAAGGCGGAGAUGCAGAAGACGCGCAACGAGUACACGGAGCUGCUCGACCAGUACGCGUCACUGAAGCGAUCUCGGGCGGCAGCGGAGGCUGAUUUGCGCGACCGACUCAGCCACGAGUGUAAGACGGUGGCUACUCUGCGGGGAGACAUCCGUGAGUGGGAGGAUCGAUAUCUGGCGCUGCAGGAAUCCUUGGGCACCACGCAGACGGAGAUAGAGGACCAGCGAAAGACGAUCAUGCAGCUAGAAUCCACAGUUCAAAAGCUGAGGGCAUCCAGGAUUGACGUCCUGGGCCACUCUCAGAGCGAAGCCCUCGUGAGUACGAACGUGCCUCCCGUGAAGGCUCCGUUCUCGGAGCCUUCGCUGCCCAGGUCACCUUUGAGCGGGUCACUGAGAGGACGGGUCACGUCAACUCUCCCACUGAACCCCUUCAUGCACAUGGAGCGGUCCGCCUGGAGUGAUUCGAAGGACGGGAAAACACGCGAGCGACUGGAGCAGGAGGUGUUGCGGCAGUCCGCUGAGCUGGAGCGCUUGCGGGCCGCGGCCGUUGAUGCCGAAGUCUGGAAGGCAAAACACGAUCACUUACAAGAGGAGCACGACCUACUGCUUCAGCUAUAUGGACAGCUCGAGGAAGAUGUCAGUGCGUUGAGGAGGAACGGUGCCGGCACUUUCUCUGUCGGUGCUGCAGUUGCUUCUUCUGUCUCCGGCUCUGUAUCCGCUGCUGCUGCGCCGUAG